AUGAAUCCCUCCCUCUUCACCUCCAUUAACGCUCCAGUUUCACCUUCCCCAGGCUCUCCUUUACUCUGUCACUUCCUGACUCCUUUACCUCUCCGUUUCUCGAAGUCUGAGUAUCUGACUCGCCGUCGUUAUCGGGUUUCGUUCCCUCGCAGCUCAGCUACUUCCUCCGACCAACCAUUGGUAUCUACGCAGGCGAAGAAGCCAGAUGUAUUCGGAAAUAAGAAGGAGCUCACCGGACUGCAGCCAAUUGUUGAGAAAAUGACGCCGCCGGUGAGGCUGGCAACUUCUGCUGUUGUUCUAGCGGCAUCUCUAGCUACUGGUUACGGCCUUGGGCUCCGAUUGGCCGGUUCCAGGAAUAUUGCCUUGGGUGGGGCUGCGGUAGCUGGAGCCGCCGGUGGAGCUGUCGUCUAUGCGCUCAACACUGCCGUACCGGAAGUGGCUGCUAUCAGUUUGCACAAUUAUGUUUCCGAAAUUGAAGAUCCUGCCUCUGUGACGAAAGAGGUUAUAGAAAUGAUCGCUGAUAGGUAUGGUGUCAACAAAGGAGACGAGGCAUUCCAGGCUGAGAUUGGUGAUAUAUAUUGCCAGUACGUAACUUCCGUGCUUCCAACUGAAGGACAGUCUCUUAAAGGGGAUGAAGUGGAGAAGAUAGUCAAGUUCAAAAAGUCUCUGGGAAUAGACGACCCUGAUGCAGCCUCCAUGCACAUGGAGAUUGGCCGGAGGAUUUUUAGGCAAAGGCUUGAGACUGGAGAGCGUGAAGGUGAUGCAGAACAGCGUCGGGCAUUUAUGAGGCUUGUAUAUGUUUCAGCUCUUGUGUUUGGAGAUGCUGCAUCCUUCCUUUUGCCAUGGAAGCGAGUAUUGAAGGUCACAGAUUCUCAGGUUGAGAUUGCUAUUCGUGAAAAUGCAAAGCAGCUGUAUGCCGAAAGGUUAAAAUUAGUCGGUAGAGAUAUUAACGUAGAAAACCUUGUGGACCUUAGAAAAGCACAACUAUCAUUCAAGCUUUCUGAUGAGCUUGCUGACGAACUGUUUAGAGAACAUACAAGAACAGUAGCCAUAGAGAACAUUUCAGCAGCACUUGGCGUACUAAAAUCCCGCACACGAGCAGUGAAGAGUUUGUCACUUGUUGUGGAAGAGCUUGAAAAAGUUUUGGAGUUUAACAACCUGCUGGUUUCCUUGAAAAGUCAUUCAGAGGCAGAUCAAUUUGCACGGGGGGUUGGCCCUGUUUCCUUGAUAGGUGGUGAGUCUGAUUUUGAGAGGAGGAUGGAUGAUUUAAAGCUCCUUUAUAGAGCAUAUGUCACAGAUGCUCUAUCGGGUGGGCGCAUUGCAGAAAACAAGCUUGUGGCAAUGAGCCAACUGAGAAACAUACUUGGUCUGGGAACACGGGAGGCUGAAGCUAUUACUGUUGAUGUUACGUCCAAGGCAUACCGUAAAAGACUUUCUAGCGCUGUUUCUACUGGUGACCUUGAAGCACAAGACAGUAAAGCAAAAUUCCUUCAAAAGCUAUGCGAAGAGCUGCACUUUGAUGCACAGAAGGCAAGCGCAAUCCAUGAAGAAAUCUAUAGGCAGAAGCUUCAACAGUGUGUUACUGAUGGAGAGCUGAGCGAUGACAAUGUUGCUGCUUUACUAAGGUUAAGAGUCAUGCUCUGUAUUCCUCAGCAAACUAUUGAUGCAGCUCAUGCAGAAAUCUGUGGAACCAUAUUUGAAAAGGUUGUCAGAGAGGCAAUUUCGUCUGGAGUUGAUGGUUAUGAUGCUGAAACUCGCAAAUCAGUAAGAAAGGCUGCUCAUGGUCUUCGGUUAACCAGAGAGACUGCCAUGUCUAUUGCUAGCAAAGCUGUCCGUAGGGUAUUCACAAACUAUAUCAGACGAGCAAGAGCGGCAGAGAACCGCACUGAUUCAGCAAAGGAGCUGAAGAAGAUGAUUGCUUUCAACACGUUAGUUGUGACUGAAAUGGUGGCUGACAUUAAGGGAGAAUCUUCUGAUAAGGAACCUGAGGAGCCUGUUGAAGAGAAAAAAGAAGUUAGCGAAGAUGAGGAAUGGGGAUCCCUUGAAUCGCUCAAAAAAACAAGACCCGACAAGGAACUCUCUGAGAGGAUGGGAAAGCCUGGCCAGACUGAGAUAACUCUCAAAGAAGACCUUCCCGACAGAGACAGGAUCGAUCUCUACAAGACGUACUUGCUCUACUGUCUAACCGGAGAGGUAACAAGAAUCCCGUUUGGCGCCCAGAUCACAACGAAGAGAGACGAUUCAGAGUACUUGCUCCUGAACCAGCUUGGUGGGAUUCUUGGAUUGACUUCGAAAGAGAUAGUGAACAUCCACGUUGGUUUAGCCGAACAGGCUUUCAGGCAACAAGCUGAAGUGAUUUUAGCUGAUGGACAAUUGACAAAGGCUAGAGUGGAGCAGUUAGACGAUUUGCAGAAACAAGUUGGGUUGCCUCAGCCACAAGCCGAGAAGGUUAUAAAGAAUAUAACAAGCACAAAAAUGGCAAACGCCAUAGAAACUGCUGUUAACCAAGGAAGACUGAACAUAAAGCAGAUACGUGAGCUCAAGGAGGCAAACGUGAGCCUGGACAGCAUGAUCGCUGUGAGUCUGAGAGAGAAACUAUUCAAGAAGACGGUGAAUGACAUAUUCUCCUCAGGAACGGGUGAAUUCGAUGAAACCGAAGUCUACGAGACAAUCCCAUCCGAUCUCAGUAUUGAUGUGGAAAAGGCAAAAGGCGUUGUCCAUGAACUUGCUCGGAGUAGGUUAUCAAACUCGCUGAUCCAAUCUGUGGCAUUACUCAGGCAAAGAAACGCUAAAGGAGUGGUGUCGUCGCUGAAUGAUUUGCUUGCAUGCGACAAAGCUGUGCCGGCUGAGCCGCUGUCGUGGGAUGUCUCGGAGGAAUUAACGGAUCUAUAUGAUAUCUAUUCAAAGAGUGAUCCAAAGCCGGCGCCGGAAAAAGUCUCGAGGUUACAAUAUCUUCUGGGGAUAGAUGAUUCGACUGCAACCGCCCUCCGUGAAAUGGAAGAGAGUGCAUUAUCUUCUGCUGCAGAAGAGGGCAAUUUCGUUUUCUAA